CUUUCAUGCUACUAGGUGUUCCACAGAAAAUGUUGGGGGCCCAAACUGCCAAAGUGAAAUGGAAUAAGAUUCUUUAUUUAUUUCUCUUUCUCCACUGAGGUGACUCGUCGCGCUUUACAAAUUCUCAGUCUGCGACUCUGUGGGAAUCAUUAAUAAACAUGGGAAAAGACUCGAAGCCAAAGGAGUCAGGAGGGAAGGGAAAGGGGAAACAGGCUGCAAGUGGAAGUGAUGAGAAUGCUUCUAAGGGAAAAGGAAAGGGUGGGAAAGGUGGAGAUGGGCUUGGUACUUGCACCUAUGUCAAAGCAAGGCAUAUCUUAUGUGAGAAACAAGGUAAGAUCAAUGAAGCCUACAAGAAGCUGCAGGAUGGUUGGCUUUGCAACGGAGAUAAGGUCCCACCAGCUGAGUUUGCAAAGAUAGCUCAAGAGUAUUCAGAAUGUCCUUCAGGAAAGAAGGGUGGAGACCUUGGAUGGUUUCCCCGAGGAAAGAUGGCUGGGCCAUUUCAGGAUGUUGCCUUCAACACACCUGUUGGAGCUACUAGUGCUCCUUUCAAAUCAACGCAUGGCUACCAUAUUAUCUUAAGUGAAGGAAGAAAGAACUGAUCCCUGAAUAAGAACGAAACUGAAUUUCAAUGGCAUCAGGGUGCUUAACUGUCUGAUUAAAUGAUCUGCUUUCUUUCCUUUUGUGAUUGUGGUUCAGAAUAUAAACCUGCAGUUUCUAGUAUGUGUACUGAUCUUGCUUUCUAAUACUUCAACAAUUCAGAGAAUAUAAUGUGGAUGGUUUUACUACGCAUAUUACGAGUAUUACUGCUUUGGUCCUAUUCAGGUAGACCUCCAAAUUUAUCUGAGAGAGAUUUAUGAUUUUCUAAGAA